UCCGAUCGUCGUAGACAAAGUGUGGAGGAACCUACACGAUGUGCUUGAUGUAGAAGUAGAUUGUCACGUAUUUGAUGAAGAGCAAUCCGAUGCAUGGAAAGAUGGAGUAUUUAAGUGUAUUCGACGUACGGGCAUGCAAGCGGAUAUGGGAAUGCACCAUUCGCAGAUGGAGUUGAGUAGGACGAUUGAUUUCCUUUCACAGAUCAACACGCUGUCGUGUCUAAGUUUCUCAUAA